AUGCGGGUCCAGAGACCACGCGAGAAGGUGCGCAAGACAUGUGUUCUCCAUGUCGCCGACCUGUCAGAUAAGCAAUGGAAUGGCACGCCACCAAGGUCAUUCGCGGUCGACGUCGUAUUGCAAGGCAAGCGAAUCAGCGAAGACGAUCACGCCGAGGGCGCGGAAGUCUGCAGCCAUGCCACGGAGUUUGCCAAGAGACCCGACACUUCUCGACAAGGCAGGAGGACGAUCUUGCGACAUCAAUGGUCGAUGCAGGUCAUCGCCAAACAGUUAUCAAGAAGAAAAUGCACUAGGCUGCUGCCUUUUCUCCGACUGCAGCAAACUAGAUUAUGGCUUGUCUUGGAAGCACGUACAACCAGUUUGAAAUGCACAACAAUGCGGUACUCUAAAACUUACUGUCCGACUGUCCGAAGCUUGACCUCUUCGCCGACGAUCAAUGGUUUACGAGCUGUGCGAGAGGGUCAUGCUAGCAUAAGCGCUGAUGGUGGGAACACAGUAAGAGGUAAUGGUUGCGAAAUCCAGACUCCACUUGAGAAUAACUCCGGCUGGGUGAAAUCAGCAAGGCUCUGGCUCCAGCUUACAAUGAUGUGCUACCUGACAGUGGCUGAGAGAUCGAUCACUUUCGUGGCUGAGCGGGCAAUGUCGACAUUAUGCAUAUGA